AACAAUAAAUCUUUUUUGUAUCUUAUCCUAAAUUUUACACACGAAAAAUUCUCUCUAAAAGACUUGCAAUCUCCAUUGCUUUCCUUUUAAGCAACAAAACUCGCUAGUUAUAACGUCCAAGUUUUUUUCUCCAUUCAAAUACUACACCAAAACCACACUUUCCUUUUACGCUAUUCAGAUCCCAAACACAUCUCACUCCUUCUCCCCCUCUCACUAUAUAUAUAUAUAAAACUAUAAGUUCUUGAAAUCCAAAAUCAGAGAUCCAAGAAACAAACACUCUUGUUGAAAUCUUAAGAAGAAGAAGAAGAGGAAGAAGAUGUGCUGUGGAGGUAGAAUUUGCAUGCUGUGCACGUGCCUGAUAUUGGUUGUGAUCGUGAUCGGGUUGCUGUUCGGAUUUGGGGUUUUCAAGAAUGGAUUUCACAAGGUGAAAGAUACAAUUCAUGUGGGUAUAGGUGACGAUCUGUCUUCUUAUGGGACUAUGGGAAGGCCUUUCUUGGGUUAUGUACCUCCUCCUGGCCCUUUUUAGGGAUUCCCUAAUCCUUUGAUUUUUCUUUUUCUUUCUUUUUUUUUUUUUUUUUUUUUUUUAUUUGCUUUUUUUUUUUUUUUUUUUUUUUUUUUUUUUUUUUUUUUUUUAAAUUUUUACUUUUCAGUAUUAGUUAGGGUUUGUGAUUGUUUGUUGGAAGUUAUUCUACAUGUGUUUAUUUGUUCA